AUGCAGUCGCAAAGUCAGUGGUAUCUCAAUGCGCAGGCCAGUUCCUCAGCCAAUCCUGCCGAAGACGCCUUCAAAGAGGCGCUUGCCGUAUUCCAGCUGGAUCCCCGCACUUGCGCCAGAUUCGACAGAGUACAACAACUCCAAAGCCUCGAUGACCUGCAAAUCAUUCUCAACGAAGCGCAAUCCAGAUAUGAGCAACAACACGAAGGGAAAAAGGUCGCUAAGUGGUUGUCGCAGUUUUCAUCGCGCAUCUGCCAUUACGGUCAAAUCCUCGAUGUCCUUGUUCAGCAUCAUCCCGAGUACGUCAGCCUGGCAUGGGGAGCAAUGAAGUUUCUCUUCAUCACUGAUGCCUCCUUCCAGCUGGUAGAGAACCAUGGGAAGCAACUGCGAGUCCUUUCUAAAGGGCUGAGCCAGAUCGCAGAUGUGCUGCCGCGUGUAGAAUUCGCAAAUGCUCUCUACCCCACCUCCCGCAUGCAACAGGCGGUGUCCGAAAUAUAUAGUAAAAUCAUCCGGUUCUUCCUCCGGGCGGAGCGCUGGUUCCAACAAGGCAAAAUGCGCCAUGCAUGGGAAGCUCUGAGUCGGCCCACCGAACUCUACUAUAGCGACCUGAUCCAGGACGUGAGCGAGUGCACCAAAGCGAUCGAGGUGUUGGCGAAUACAGGCGCGCAAGCGGAGCAGCGCGAUAUGCAUCUAGAGACCCAGCAACUGGGUAAGCAGGUGCAGGAGAUGAGAGAGUUAAUCAUCUCAUACCAGUCCAUCCAAACAAGUGCGAAUCUCGACACCAACCAGCGCCUGACUGAUCUCCAAUUGAACCAGAUUAUGGAUUUCCUCUCUGGUGCCAAUGCGUUGGAUCCACUAAAAGCUCUGCAAUAUCGCGCCUUUAUGAGUGCCCGAACCAGACGUCGACAGACGAGGGCAGAUGUAGGCGCGCAAUUUUGGUCAAAUCCGAAGUUUGCUGCCUGGGAAUCUGCAUCGUCACCAACUAUGAUCAUGGUGAAAGGCGAGUACACUACGCGGUUACAAGUCCAGAACUUUGCCGUUGACGUCAUCAACAACCUUCGCAGUCGGACCGUCCCCACACUCUGGGCCCUGAAGUCAAUACCGGUGCAUGGCGCAACCGCCGCAUCAGCCAUAGAUAUCAUCAAGGGGUUGAUAUGUCAAGCCAUACAGCUCAAUGUUACACAGCAUACAGAACGCUCACUUGCGCUGAGUUGUGCGCAAUUUCGCGCAGCUGAUUCUGUUGAGCAAUGGUUUGACCUCCUAGCACGCACCAUCGCGAGCUUCCCGCAACUCUACAUCAUUGUUGACAUGGAAGCUGUGGGAGUUACGGAUCUAUAA